AUGGGACAGUUUGGCUCAGCAAUCAGCAAUAAGCAGAGCGAUCGAAUGAACGCAAAUCGAACCGAUGAUAGUGAUUCAGUCACAAACCAUCAGUCAGCAAACCAAUCCACCUCUACCGAACCGAUGCACAGCACCGGUCCACCGUGGAGAAAUAAAGCUCAGAAUGCACGAAGUAUGUCACAAUCAACUCUCUACAACAGCUCUAAUGAAAGACAACACAGGAAAUUCGAGGAAAUUACCCAACAAAUACAAAAACAACUCGACAUCGAUGAAUCUGUCUUAGGUUUGUUUAACUUAUCUAUUCAUUAUUACUGCCAUCUACGAAUCGUAUUACCAUAA